AUGUCUUUGAGAACAGCAAGCACGCCGCUCCUAGGCGACAGAGAAAGAAGCAGUGCAGAAGAGAGUUUGAGAGGGAAGCAAAAGCGGAGGAAAUUCCUACGCUACAUCAAGAGCUGGGACGUGGCGAAACAUCCACCUACAAAUGCUCUCCAUCCACCCACACAGCCGUAUGCACCAGACGUGCAACUAAGCACGCCGUGGACGGACGACGCGGUGGCCGGGAAGGGAUGGCAAACGCAUCCGCGGCCGACACUCUACAGAAACGCGUGGAAAACACUCAACGGGAUCUGGACAUACUCACCAGCACACGCUGCAGACGAUAUCGCUCACCCGCCCUUUAACCAGACACUAAAGCGGCAAGUGCGUAUCCCCGCCUGCGCAGAGAGCGGGAUGAGCGGUGUAGGCGAGGACAGGAGUGAGUGGAUGUGGUACAAGACGCGUUUCGACGCGUUGGAAGCGGGUGGGAGUGAGAGUAAAAGUGAAACAGACACACGCGACCGCCACAUCCUCCAUCUCGACGCAGUCGAUUACGAGGCAGUCGUAUUUGUCAAUGGCGUCCAAGUCGCCGCUCACACAGGUGGAUACACGCGUUUCAGUGUGGAUAUUACUGAGGCGAUGAGCGUACGAGCGGAUGCAGAGGCACACGCACACCCACACGAGCUCAUAGUCUGGGUGAGAGACCCAACAGACUCGCUCGACGAAAACAUACCGCUCGGGAAGCAGCGCACUGUCGAUAUGCACAUGUUCUUCGCGAGCUGUAGCGGGAUAUGGCAGAGUGUGUGGCUCGAGCGCAUACCUCGGGAGUACAUAACGCAAGUUGCCGUGCAGGGCGACCAGUGGGGAGUGGUGCGCGGGGCUAUCUACACGAACAGCAACGAUACUGCGCCCGUACACUUGGAGCUGCAUGAGCAGGAGCAGCACUCGUCACGACCACUCGCAACCCACACCGUCCCCUCAAACACCCCUUUCGAAUGGUCUGUUGAGGGUGUGUCGCAGUGGAGCGUCGCCCACCCGCAUCUUUACACGCUCUCAAUCCACACAGACACAGACACCGCCGAUAGUUAUCUGGGUUUCCGCAGCGUUUCGAAAGGCAUGGUAGAUGGAGCACUCAAGCCACUCGUCAACGAUGAGUUCAUCUUCACUCUCGCCACCCUCGACGAAGGCUACUGGCCUGACGGUCUUUAUACGCCGCCAUCCGAGGGAGCGCUUCAAUACGAUAUUGGCUACCUCAAACGAUUGGGAUUCAGCGGGAUACGCAAGCAUAUCAAAGUCGAGCCAGAUGUUUUUUACUACAUGUGCGAUAAGAUUGGUAUGCUCGUUUGGCAGGAUAUGCCGUCUCUCAUGCACGAUCGCACUCCAACCGACGCGCAGAUAGCCGAGUUUGAGCGACAGAGCGUGGAGAUAGUGCGCACACACUCACACUUCCCCUCCAUCGUCACGUGGGUGCUGUACAACGAGGGCUGGGGGCAGGCUGAUGGCGGUGUAGAGGAGGCAUUGGUGGGGAAAGUGCUUAAUGUGGACAAGUCACGCUUGAUCGACGCAGCAAGUGGAUGGAAAGAUAAUGGGUUUGGGGACUUUCACGAUACACACCACUACAGCGAGCCAUUGUGUGGAUUGAACGUGGAGACGUCGCUGGUGACACCUCCCGAUGCACAUGCACAUGCACACAGGAUAGAGGUUAAUAUGGAGAUGGGCGGAGUCGGCCAUCUCGCACCAUCGCAGCACAAUUGGUUUGAUAUGCGCACUUAUAAAGACACUUACGAGAUAGCGGGGGAUGUACAGACGUGGAAUUUCCGCACACUGUCUAUACUGCGCGAGUUGAAGGAGCAAGUCUUGUUCACUGGGAGGUGUGCAGGUGCAGUGUAUACACAGACUAGCGAUAUAGAGAGUGAAGUGAAUGGGCUGCUUUCGUAUGAUCGCAGAUACAGUAGACCGGAUGUGAGGAGGUGGCGGGAGGCCAUUCGGGGAUUAUAUGAGUCGAGUGGGAGUAUUUAUAAAGUAAUGACGUAA